AUGGCCCAAAAUGGGGACUCCGAUGCUCUCAACAUGGUGAGCUUCGAGAAAGACUUGGAAGAGUUGUUCCAAGAAGUGCCAGACCUUCAGCAUGCCUUGGUGUCUUACCAUGAAGCCCGAACAAAGAUCCUGGAAAGGAAGAAGUCGAGGGGAUUCUGGCCGCCCUACAAGGGCAAAGGCAAGGGCGGGUACAACAAAGGGUUCAAGAAGGGAUCUGGAAAAGGGGGGCUGUUAGCCCGCAUCGCACGCACGAAUUGCCGUGCCUGUGGAGAAAAGGGGCAUUGGAAAGCUGAGUGCCCUCACAAAGGCACCAACAACACGCAGGACAAUGUGAACCUUGCGAUGCACCAGGAACACCGGUUCACCAUGCCCAACAACGACCAGGAUGCCCAGGUGAUCUUUGAGCAGAUCACGGAAGAGGAUGAGGAGAUUCAGAGCUUUGCCGCACACUGGGAGGGAGAAGCCAUGCGCAUGAUCAAGAGCACAGCAGAGGCCAUCAUGGAGUCUUUGCGCCUGUUGCUGGUGAUAUUGAUGAGCCAGUUGGAGGUGAGAGCGCCGGACCAGGAGAUUGCGACAGAUCAUGCUCAGGUGUUGUCAAACCUCCUGAACGAAGUCCAGAGCCAGAAGGGACGCAUCGAGCAGCUGUCAAAGAUGUUGCAGGGCAAGACUUUGUCAGGUUCACCAAGAAGAACCAAAAGCAAUGGGUCAAGCAGAAAUUUCGAGAUUGGCGACCAAUCGGACGCUUCAUGGGAUCUAGAAGAGCUGGAGAUGGGGAGUCUGGGACCGAUACCCACGACCAACAUGAACAUGAACAUGAACCAGCCGACGGCGCACCGCCUGAAGAUGCCCAAGCAGUCCACAACCGCCCAGAGCUCUCCACCAAGAGCCACAGCAGCAGCUCAAGGGGCGAACGAUGUGCCCGAGAGCCAGAUAGCUCUCACGGCCCAAGCCCUGGAGUCAUGGGGCAACAAGAGAGUUUCCUGGGGCAAGACUCACAAUGGGUCCCGCUUCUCGGAAGUGUACGAGCAGCACCCAAACUACGUGGCCUGGAUCUCCGCAAGAUCCGCAACGGCCAACGUCGCAAUGCAGGACUUCAUCAUGUAUGCCCAAGCUCGAGAAGCCCUGGAACAUCGAGCACUGAGAGUCCCCAGGGGUUUGAAACGGGAACAUCAAGAAGAAGAACCACCUAAGAUAGUAGAUGAUGCCUGGAAUGAAAUCAUGAACAGCUUGCGCCAGAGCCUGCCCAAGUCAGGGGCUUCCACUGAGAUGAUUGAUGCAGCCAAAGAAUACCUGUGCGCCUCUUGCGCCGAACGCAGACCACCGUCGCUGAACCCACCAGGUGUCCUGAAGGAAGCACGUGACUUUAACCAGCGAAUCUCUUUGGACGGUUUCGAGUGGAAAGGUGACGAAGAAACACUUUGGACAGAUGCGAUUGACCAAUCGCUGGACCAUUGCAGUUUUGAAUUCGAGAUGCCCUGGUAUUCCACGCUUAGCUCAGAAGAGAAACAACUCUUUGACCGAGCUAAAGACAAAGAGCUCCGUUGCUGGCUUGAAACAAGCACUGUGAAAAGGAUCCUGAGGAAUCGCAUUCACCCUGACAGAAUCAUGACCUCCAGGUGGAUCCUGACUUAUAAGCCAGACCCAACGUCACCGAGCGGGCACAAGCACAAAGCCCGACUAGUUGUCAGGGGCUACCAAGAUCCAGAAAUUGAUCAAGUAAACACCGACAGUCCAACACUUGGAAGGGAUGCCCGUCAACUCCUUUUUCAAACAGUGUGUUCCUCUGGUUGGGAUAUCCAAAGCUUUGACAUCACGACAGCAUUCCUCAGGGGAAGAGCCGAUGGAAGAGAACUAGCCAUGGAACCAGUAAGCGAGUUACGAGACCUCCUAAAAAUGGGUAAAGAUAAAGUAUGUUUGCUUGAAGGGAAUGCGUACGGAAGGGUUGAUGCACCACUCCUUUUCUAUCGUGAACUCAGGAAGCAGCUGGAAAGUUUAGGCUUUAGGGCACAUCCUUUGGAUGGAUGCCUCUUCAUGUUGAGAGACCCUCAGAAUCCACAAAAACUGAACGGGAUCCUUGGCACCCAUGUUGAUGAUGGUAUUGGGGGAGGAAACGAGGUAUUCGAAAAAGCAUUGGCCAAACUCCAUAAAAUCUUGCCCUUUGGACAAAGAGAGUACCGAAAAUUCAAGUUCACUGGCCUAGACGUUGAACAAUUGCCAGAUAACUCCAUUCGAAUCAGCCAAGGGGAAUAUAUCAAUAAGAUAGAUCCCAUCAAUAUAGCUAAGAAUAGGAGAGUCCAAAAGGAUGAGACCGCCACUGAACAAGAAGUUCAGGACUUGCGUGCCUUGUGCGGCAGCCUUCAAUACGCUGCUGUACACAGCCGACCGGAUCUGGCAGCUAAGGUGUCGUUUUUACAGAAAAGCAUUCCACAGGCCAAGGUUCAACAUCUUUUAGAUGGUAACAAAGUACUGUUGGAAGCAAAAGAGACGGCAUCGACCGCCAUCCAGAUACGUCCGCUGCCUUUAGAUGAUAUAACUUUUGCAAGUUUCGGCGACGCCAGUUUUGCAUCCGCCUCACAGCUCCGAGCACAGCAAGGGUUGUUUGUAGUGGCAUGUAGUAAAGCACUGAGUGAAAACAGAACUUCUGAAAUCAGUCCUGUUGCAUGGAACUCCAAGCAAAUUGGCCGAGUAGUUAGGUCAACGUUGAGCGCCGAGGCAUAUGCAAUGAGCUCAUCCCUGGAUAAGCUGACAUGGAUUCGAUGUAUGUGGGCUUUCAUCCACAAUCCUAGCUUCAAAUGGCAGUAUCCCGAAAAGUCUUUACAAGAUGAACCAAAGGCACUUUUGAUCACCGACUGCAAGUCUCUGUUUGAUUUGGUAUCCAAGUUAGCAACUCCGAACUGCCAAGAAUGGAGGACAACUGUGGAAGUUAUGCUGAUCAAACAGCAGUCAGAUGGUCAUACCCAAUGCCGAUGGAUAUCGACGGCCAUCAUGUUAGCGGAUUGCCUCACGAAGCCGAUGGAUGCCAGCUUUUUACGGACUGUUUUGCACUUGGGCCGUUUUCGUAUCUUUGAUGAAGAUCAAACCCUCAAGAACAACACUCAUAAAAAGAUGGCGUCAAGGUGGAUGACCAAACAAGAUGAAGGCACAUCCAAAAAAGAAAAGAUACCAGUGUGA